UUACAAAAACCCUAAACCAAAAAAAAAUAUCCAAAAAUUAUUUCUAACUUAAGAAAAAUUAAAUUAAUUUCCUUAGCUCUCUGUUGCUAUUACAGCCACUUCUCACUUUCACAUCCAAAUCAGCUUAUAAAUGUUACUGUAAUAAAAUUAUUUAGUAAGAAUUAAUUUAUUUCUUUAAAUAUAGAGCUUUGAAUAAUCAAACCAUAGACUUUCCUUUUGUUUUUCUUCCAAUUUUUUCUUUAUGUUCUUCCUCAUUUCUCUGAACCAACAAAAGGGUUUCUGGGUUCGAUCUAUCUGAGUCUUGGGUCCUUCAAUUUUCAGGUUUUAGCGGUAUGAAGCUGGGGUAUUGUGAAUUUAGUUAUUUUCGAGCUCUAAUUUGCGAAAGAGAGCGACUUUAAGAGGUUUUCUUGCCAUAAUUUGAUGGGUUUCUUAGUGAAAAUGAUGUUGAGUAGACAAGUUGUUAGGGUUUUAGUUAGCAGUAGUCUCUGGUUAUUACUUAGCUGUAGUUUGAGCUGUGCUACUGAGACUGAUAUUGCUUGCUUGAAGAGUAUAAAAGCCUCCCUCCAAGAUCCUUUCAAUUACUUGAAUUCUUCUUGGACGUUUAACAACAAUACGGAAGGUUAUAUAUGUAGAUAUACUGGGGUUGAAUGUUGGCACCCUGACGAAAACAGGGUCUUGAAUCUCCGGCUUUCGGAUAUGGGGCUUAAAGGUGCGUUUCCCAUCGGCCUCCAGAAUUGCACAACUAUGACCGGGAUUGAUCUUUCAAGCAACGACCUUUCUGGACCGAUUCCUCGCAAUAUCAAUGAUAUAAUUAAGUUUGCGACAUCUCUUGAUCUCUCGUCAAACAAUUUCUCCGGAGAAAUACCAGCGAGCCUUGCAAAUUGUAGCUAUUUGAAUAUUCUUAACCUGGAUCAUAACCGACUGACUGGUCAAAUUCCUGCUGAACUUGGCUUGCUUAAUCGAAUUAAGACAUUUAGUGUGGCUAAUAAUCGUCUGAGCGGUCCGGUGCCAAAUUUCCUCAAUGUUAGCUUUACAGCGGAUAGCUAUGCAAAUAAUCUAGGACUGUGUGGAAAGCCUUUAGCAGCUUGUACUUCAAGUUCAAAGGGCUCUAACAGUAGCAUUGUUGCUGGAGCAGCAGUUGGUGGGGUGACUAUUGCUGCAUUAGGUAUUGGUAUUGCUUUGUUGUUCUACUAUCGCAAGGCUGGUAGAUUGAGGAAGAAGAAGGAUGACGAUCCUGAAGGAAAUAAAUGGGCAAAGAGUUUAAAAGGAGUUAAGGGCAUCAAGAUCUCUAUGUUUGAAAAAUCAGUUUCUAAAAUGAAAUUGAGCGAUCUUAUGAAGUCUACUAACAGCUUCAACAAAGAAAAUAUAAUUGGUUCAGGACGAACGGGGACUAUGUAUAAAGCGGAACUUGAGGAUGGCACGUCGCUAAUGGUUAAGAGAUUACAGGAUUCACAGCGUUCUGAAAAGGAAUUUGUAGCUGAAAUGGCUACUUUGGGAAGUGUAAAGCAUCCUAAUCUUGUUCCCCUUUUAGGUUUCUGUAUAGCUCAUAAAGAAAGGCUUUUGGUUUACAAGUAUAUGCCAAAUGGCACCCUUUACGAUAAUUUACACCCUGCAGAUGAAGCUAAGAAGCCUAUGGACUGGCCGUUAAGGCUCAAAAUUGGAAUAAGAGCCGCUAGAGGAUUCGCAUGGCUUCAUCAUAACUGUAACCCCCGUAUCCUCCACCGCAAUGUAAGCUCUAAGUGCAUCUUGUUGGAUGCAGAUUUUGAGCCUAAGAUAUCUGAUUUUGGUCUUGCCAGACUAAUGAAUCCAAUCGAUACACAUUUGAGUACCUUUGUGAAUGGAGAAUUCGGGGAUUUGGGUUAUGUUGCUCCCGAGUAUGCAAGAACGCUGGUGGCUACACCAAAGGGUGACGUUUAUAGCUUUGGAACCGUACUUCUGGAGCUUGUUACUGGUGAGAAACCUACCCAUGUGUCUAAAGCUCCUGAAACUUUUAAGGGUAGUUUGGUCGAAUGGAUUACACAGCUCUCGAGCACCUCCGAACUUCAUGAAGCCUUAGAUAAAUCUUUGGUUGGGAAAGGCGUUGAUAAUGAGAUAUUCCAGUUUCUUAAAGUUGCAUGUAACUGUGUAGGGGCGAAUCCUAAAGAGAGGCCCACGAUGUUCGAAAUUUACCAGCUUCUACGAGCUAUUGGUGAGCGAUACCAUUUCACCACGGAGGAUGAAAUUAUGAUGCCUUCGGACAAUGGUGCUGAUUUUAUGGAGGAACUCAUCGUUGCUCGAGAUGUAAUCCAGUCUGUCUGAAAAGGCGCGAGGUAGGUAAAUUGUUUUAGCUGAAUUUAUAUGUAAGUAUAUGUUGCCAUAUGCUCAGUCUAAAUAAAACUGUUAAUAUUAUAUAUAAACUGUAUUGUUAGUUGUUAUUCAUGUCUGUAUUGAGAAGUUGCUAUAAUGACAUUAGCUUUAUAGUUUUCCAGCAUCA